UAAAUAAACCAUUUUCCGUUGCAUGUGAGUAGAGUGUAGAGAAAACGUUAAAGAGAAAGCAAUUAGUUAACGCGCGUAAGUAAGUUGCGUGUGUACUUCGGCGGUGCGUCUACUUAACAGCUUUUCGGUGUUGAUUUUCGACGCUCGAUUUCUAACAACCCGCCCACUAAGUGUUCUUGUUUUAAAAUUGUAACAUGCAAGAAAGUCCAUUCUACAAAGUCCUGCCCGUGCUGCUGUGCGGGCUGUCGGUGCCCCUGUCCAUGUUUAUGUGGAUCGGCAAUGUGGCAUACUCGAAGAUUACUAGUGACGGAGAAAAUGGCGUCGUUCCACCGACACGCUGGCUAUUUUCCGUGCUCGUUCCGGUUCUGCUGAUGGUUUACGGGUUGCGACGGAAAGGCGUAAACCGUUCCGGCGCUGUGCUGGGGUUGCUAUGCGCCAUCAUACUUUCCAUUUCAUCGCACGCCUUUCUUGCCUGUCUGGCUGCAUUCUUUUUUAGCUCCAGCCGUGCCACCAAGUUUCGGGGCCAUUUGAAGCGCAAGAUCGAGGAAGACUUUCGCGACGGUGGCCAACGGAAUUGGGCACAGGUAAUUUGUAACGCCGGAAUGGCGACACAGUUGGCGCUGCUGUACCUCCUCGAUUGUGGCUAUGGCGAGCGGCCAAUCGAUUUCGUGCGCCUAUACCGAUCCAGUUGGCUCGGGGUGGGCAUUAUGGGUUCAUUUGCCUGUUGCAACGGAGACACGUGGGCCAGCGAGCUGGGGACUGUGAUUGGAAGUGGCGAUCCGUUCCUUAUCACCACCCGAAAGCGUGUGCCACGCGGUACCAAUGGUGCCGUUUCGUUCGUGGGUCUGGUGGCUAGUUUUCUCGGCGGCACACUGGUCGGCCUGGUGUACUUCCUCACAGUGCGCUACACGGUGGAGGCAAGCGUUUACGAGCGAAGCCCCAACCAGUGGCCACUGAUCGUGUUUGGUGGGAUUGCCGGGUUGCUUGGAUCACUCGUCGAUUCGCUGCUGGGCGCCACGCUGCAGUACUCCGGGUACACCGAGCAGGGUUUCGUGGUGGAGCGACCCGGUAAGAACGUGCAGCACAUUAGUGGCGUGCGGAUUUUGGACAAUCAUAGCGUGAAUCUCAUAUCUUGCAUUAUAACUGGCAUCGCGAUGCCGUCGAUCGCGAUGAACCUGUGGUCAGUGUUUUAGCAGUGCAGGUCUCGACUUAAACGGUGGUGUCCCGUGUGUGACAACGUAGCAUGCGGCCAGUAGCUAUAGUUUUAAAUCCAGUGACUUAUUGGG